AUGGACCAGCUCAAGGCGUGGUCCAUCUCCGACAUCCAAGACACGCUGCGGAGGAACGUGGCCGCCGGCCCAGCAAAGGCGGCGGCGGCGAAGCAGAUGCCUGGCGGCUUUGGCAUCGGCGCCGUUCCCGCACCCGGGGUCGAGCGACCCGCAGGGAGCGCGAGAGCGGGCGCGAUGGCGCGGGCCGAGGCCCACAAGGCGCCGGCGGGCACUGUGCUCCUCGGCCCGACCCUGGAGCAGAAGGAGCGCACGGGCAGCGACGCGACGCCGCACGGCGGCGUGGAGGAGGACGACCUCUUUGGGCAGAUCGAUGCGGUGGUGUCGGCACAGUCGUCGGGCGGCGCGACGGCCGCCAACCUCGCCACCGCUUCGGCAGACGCCGAUUCCGGUCUUCGCGCCAUCGCGGGAGAGGCGCCCGAGCUAGAGCGCCCGGCAGGUGCCGCGACCCCCCAGUGGGUCCCCGAGGGGGGGGCGCCUGCUGCGGAGCGCCCAAAGUGGAAGCCGCCGCCCAAAGACCAGAACGCCAACGUGCCCAACCCGGUGCGCAUGGUGACGGGUGCGUCGGCCACCCCGCCGAACAAGGGCGGGCGGCCCGCCGGCAACGUCCGGGCGCCGCCCGAGCCGCCCGACUACGUCGCCACGAUGCGCAUGGAAGACAUGCUGCGCGAGGCGGCGGCAGCGGCGCCGGCCGAGGCGAGGAUGGAGAGGGGGGCAGAGAGGGCGGGAAGAUGCACCGCCGUCCCCGCCACCGCGGCCGAGUUCCAAGCGGUGCUCGCAAAGUACGAGGGGCACCCGGGCGUGCAGCGCAAGUUGGCGCAGGAGGAAGCGGGCGCGCGACAGCGCAACCUCGAGCUGAACCGCCCCGCCUACUUCGAGUUGCGCAGCCGCAUCCCCGACAAGGCCUCCGCUAGAAGCGGCGUCGGCUUGGUGGAGCCCAAGGACCAAAAGGGGCUCGAGAAGGUUGGCUGCUCGCCCGAGCUGGCGCGGGCGAUCCUAGACCGGCCGGCGCUGCGCAUGCUCCGCGCCACGCGCGCGCAGCUCGACAUUGCAAAGGCGGCCGUCCUCAAGCCGCUCCAGAUCGACGGCACUCUGACGGAGCUAGAGGCGCGCGCGGUGGCCUACGCGCUGCCAGAGGCGCCGUACGACCGCAACUCGCCGGAGGGGCUGCAGCGCGAGGCGUGGCGCAUCUCGAACAAACACGCCGUGAACAAGCCGGCGGUGGGGAGCGGCAAGCCGGUGGCGGUGCCCCACACGCCAAAGGACCAGGUGGUUGCCGCUCUUGACAGCCGGCCGCCCGUGGCCAAUGGCGACACCACGAUCCUGCCGGGCGGCACACAGCCAGCCGCGCCGUGGGCGGGCGAUGGUGGCGAGGCGUCAGCCACGCUAGCGAAGCGGCGGCGGAGCGAUGAGAAGGCGCGCGCAAAGGCUCUCGCCAGCCGGACGGCGGAUGAGUCGGCGUACGGCCGCGUCGAGCUCGAGGAGAAGCUCGGGCAGGGCAUGUGGGCCUAG